GAGUUCGGGGCACGGAUGAUUACCAUUGGAAACAAAAAGAUCAAACUGCAGAUUUGGGAUACGGCUGGCCAGGAAUCCUUCCGUUCAAUCACCCGCUCGUAUUACCGAGGAACAGCCGGGGCACUCUUGGUCUAUGACAUCACCAGGCGGGAAACUUUCAACCAUUUGUAUGCCUGGUUAGAAGACGCUCGGCAGCAUUCCAGUCCCCACAUGGUGAUCAUGCUCAUUGGCAAUAAAAGUGACAUGGAGCACCGGCGGGUGGUGCAGAAAGAAGAGGGGGAGGCUUUCGCCCGGGAACAUGGCAUGGUUUUCAUGGAAACAUCAGCAAAGACAUCAGCCAAUGUGGAAGAGGCCUUUCUCAACACAGCUAAAGCCAUCUACAGAAAGAUCCAGCUGGGUGAACUUGACAUUUCCAAUGAGGGAAAUGGGAUCAGGAUUGGCUCUAAACAACCAGCCAUUAUUCCGGGUGGAUCAUCGCUCCGCCCGGGACUGCAAGGCUCUGGGGACCGAUCAGGCUGUUGCUAAGUUUGCUUGAAAUCCUGACAAGCUCAUUGAGGCUGGGAACAAACAGAGGAUGGUGCCUUUCACUUCUUAUUCAAAUGGCAUUGGGGGAGAUGGGGAGGCAAGGAUUUUCCAGUCCAGUUUUCCUUUCCCCUUUUUAUAUGAAUGUGGGGCCAACCUGAAUCUAAUCUUUGGCUGGGGCCUAGAGCAUCCCUUCCCGAAAUCUCCCCAUCAGGGCUGUCUGGCCUUUCUUCUAGAAGGAAAGGUAUUUCCUUCAUCCAGUCUGCUUAUAUGUCGGCAGUGGCUAUUCUCCCCACUGUUGAAAACUUCCAUUCCCUACCUUGGACUUGUUAAAUUUUGGGGGAUCUUCCAGGUCUCCAUACCUGAUUUAAUAUUAAGCUGUAAUGUAUGCUUUCUCUUGUUCCUAC